AUGGCGCCACCAAUGCUCCGCCUAUCAUACAACGACAUCCACAAUGCGAUUGCGCGCACUGCGCCGCGCAUCAUGUCCGAGUUCUCACCCGACCUGUUCAUCGCGAUUGGCGGUGGCGGGUUCAUCCCAGCUCGUAUCCUCCGGACGUUCUGCAAGGUCACGACCGACGGCAAGAAACGCAACAUCCCCAUCCAGGCUGUUGGACUGACGCUGUAUGAAAGCUUGGGCGGGAUCGAGGAGGUGGUUGGGCAGGAGGUGGUGCGUGUCCAGUGGAUCGACUUCUCGACUCUGGGGUCCAAGCUCAAGCACGGCGGUCUGCUCGGCCGGCAUAUCCUCAUUGUCGACGAGGUAGACGAUACGCGUACGACGCUCGUGUACACCAUCAAGGAGAUGCAGAAGGACAUCAACAAGCAGCUCGAGGCAAUUGAGGAUGUCGACGAGCGGGAGCGUCUCCGUGCAACCACCAAACUUGGCAUCUUUGUCGUGCACAACAAGCUCAAGCCCAAGGCUGGCGAGAUCCCGGCCGACGUCGCGUACUUCUCCGCUGUCGACACGCCCGACGUCUGGCUCGCGUACCCCUGGGAGUGCGAAACCGACAUUGAGGAGCACGACAUGCUCCGUAAGGACAACCCGACACUUUAG